UAAGAAAUGAAUCAAGAAAAGUUGACAAAACUGCAAAAUAAUGUGAGGAUAGGAGGAAAGGUAAGAGGAAAAACUGAAUUUAUUGAAAUGUUAAUGUUUCUAGCACAAAAAUAUUAUUGAGGACAAUGUUUUUAUGUCUCCCAAUGGAGACAGGAAUGUCAUUUCUACAUGGUCAAGUCAGCUAUGUAAAGGACUACUUUUCCUUCUUGCUCAGUUAUUAAAAGAUCCCGAGUAUUGUUUAUCUGGUGAUGGCACCAGAGACCUCGCUCUCUGCAGUCUAGUGCUUUGUCUUCAGAGCCAAUAUGUAUUUAUUGUACUUCUGGAUAUUAUUGUACUAUUUUAUUUGAUGAAGCUGUGUUAAUGCAAUACUCUAAAACAAUUUGAGUUUUAUUGCAUAUAUAAUCAUGGACAAAAGGCUUGGGACAUUUUUACAUUUGUGGGGCUUUUUUCAAUUCACACAAAUCAACCCCCCUCCCCCCGUUUAGCCCACACAAACAACACUGGACGCGUGUAUCCAGAAUUUUUCCAAGUUUCAUUACAGUCGACUUCCAAUGACUUGAACCUUCAAGGGAAAUCAAAAAAAGUUCAAGUUUUUGGGAGUUCAAGUUAUUGGGAGCUCGAAGAAAAUAGCCGGAAGUAAGGAAAAAAACAGUUUUUACUGCACAGUGAACAUUUUAAUCACGGUUAAUGGUAAAAAUGUUAAGUGAAAAUUGAAAGAUACUUCUAGAUUAUACAUCAGAAUGUAAUGUAACAAAAUGUUGCCUAAAUAGAGCAUGUGUUUUACUGUUUUGAGAAGUAAAGCUGUUUCAUGUUAGAUUUGUGACAAAAUCAGCCUCCACCAGUAAACUACAUGCCUACAACACGUCAAAGGGAUAUUCAAAAUUCAAUGUGUCAGACGCCAGUAGACUGUCUUUUCCCGACCUGGGCUCAAAACAUGGUUCGAGUUAUUGAGGGUAAAAUUAUAUUGAAAUGAUAUGAGGGGGAAAAAACUACUUUGAGUUAGCGCGAGGUUCGAGUUAACGAGGGUUCAAGUUAUCAGGAGUCAACUGUAUUGUAUAGAGUGGGGAGUGGGAGAGCUGCAGGAAAAUUUUGAAAAGGAUGCACAGUUUUAUAAGGCAACCAGAAAUUACAGAAAAUUGUGAAUACUGCGUCACUGUCCCAAGGACUUUUGUCCAGGAUUGCCAAGUAUGUACAGUACCUGCUCCUCUUUCCAGGGUACACCCAGAAGAAAAAAGAAGGUUGUUCACAAGACAGCCACAACAGAUGAUAAGAAACUGCAGAAUGUUCUCAAGAAACUUUCUGUUAAUCCCAUCCCUGGGAUUGAAGAGGUGAUUUAAUUAUAAAUGUUAAUGGGUUGUUCCAGAAAAAAUCCACACCCCCCCGACGGAUGGGAUUCUGGAAAUUCUCACGGGAGGGGGGGUCGAAGACUCCGGAAAUCCAGGCGGGAGGGGGGGUUGACCUUAAAAAAGUCUUCUGCAGGGGUCAUUUCGACCGAUAGUUGAUACAAAUCAAACGUUUAGUUCGAUGACACUUAAGCGCUUUCAGACUCUGAAAAUAGUCAAAAUGUUUUGUUCAUAUAUUUCUCACCUGACAUAAAUGAUAAUCUAAGUUGCUUUACAGGUCCUUUUAUAGCAGAAAACGCGAACAAGAUACUAAAGAACGGGCCUGAAGGAACUUGUCGCAACGUUGUUGUCACGAAGAGCGUCAAACGCCUGACACAUUUCUACUGCAUACCCAGAGCCAGCCAAGAGCGAAGAGUGAUUUUUAUAAGCUAAGAAAUUAUGUAAACACUGCUCAGGUGUCGUUCGCAUUUUUGUUUUUUGCUCCUUUCGUUUUUAGUUCCACGCGAUAGAAUUCUUAGUUUAAUAUAAGCUGAAGCUUUAGAAAUUAAAACAAAAACAUUUAGACGUGUUUGUGUGUAUUUUCCAUUAAAAAUAAAUUAAAUUUAAGCCUUUUAUUUUUUCCCGGAAAUCCAGGCGGGAGGGGGGGUCUUCCACCUUGGAAAUCCAGUUGGGAGGGGGGGUCUUGUGCUUCAGGAAAUCCAGGUGAGAGGGGGGGUUAAAAAAGGACCCCAUCCGUCGGGGGGGUGUGGAUUUUUUCUGGAAUAACCCAAUUGUUGUAAAUGUAAGAUGAAAUGUGUGUUCUAUGUAAAUGUGCUACCGUACCAAAAAGUUGCAAGCUUGUUUUCAUAAACCAUCAUUACAUGUAUGUACUCUGAAGAGCAUUUCUCUGUUAAUAGCCACUGCAUGUUUUCUAAUUAAGUUCUGUACCUUGUCAACAAUAGUGCAACAUUUUUUCUUAUUAUUUUGUUUUUGACAUUGCUCGAUGCUGUUAUUGUUACUGUUCUUACUGAUGUUAUUGAUAACUGGUUGCCCUUGGAAACUAUUUUUGUGAUGCCUUUUUCUUAUGCUUUUGGCAUCACCUAUGUCCAGGAAGAAAUGCGUGCAAUGGCAAAAGUGGUGAAUCUGGCUAAAAAAAUCAUCAUCAUCAUCAUCAUGUCUUGUCAUACCAGUAGGUGCAUAAGGCCUCCAUGCUUUCUGACCAACAUUUUUUGUCUCAUGCAACUGCUUUGGCUGUUUCUCAGCUCUUCCAGCACACUUUUUUUUGUUCUUUCUCAACAGUCCUUCUCCAAGUAGGUUUUGGUUUUCAUCUCGCACUCCGCCCUUCUUAUGUCCCUGAGUAUGUAACCUAACCAGUUCCACCUUCCUUGUCAUACACCACUUUCUCUCCACUCUGCAGAGGGUUGUAUGAUCCAAUAUAAUCACAAUUGCAAACACUCUUGGCUAUACAUUAUAUUAAUUUCAGAUCUCUUCUAUUGUAGGUGAACAUGAUCAAAGAUGAUGGAACUGUUAUUCAUUUUACUAAUCCUAAAGGUAGAUCUCCUUUUGUACUUUAAUAUGUUGGACAUGCGAGACCCUGUUUGGGUAAAUUUCCAACAGGGAAACAAGACAGAUAAGAAUAAUAUUAUGAUAAACAACCUAAAGACAAGCUGUAACUGCAGUAGUGAUAUCAAUAGGAACAUGGCCUCCUCCCCAAUACAAAGUUUUAAAUUCAGACUAGGGAGAUAUUACUCCCCCACCCCCUCCCCCCAACCCCCCAAACCUAAGAGGGCCUCCUUAACCGUUGAUUACCUAGAAAACAGAAAAAGUGUACCCCACAAAGUGCAACUACAGGAACAGGCAUGUGUUUUUUGGUAACUUGAAGUGUUGAAAGCAAAGUAAUCACUUGGUAUCACUCUUUGCCUUAUUGAAAAAAAAAAAUUGGCUGAAAGAACCACUCAGCAAACACUGGUUGAAGAAAUUCCUCUCUCUGCCCAAAACAUGAUUAUGCAAAGCUCAUUGCGAACCUACUGAGCAUACAGCUACAGGCCUGCCUCCAGCACAGAUGGUACCAUAUGAUGGAAACGUCUUUAAAUUGUAUUUAAUUUUUGUAAUUUUCUUUCAAUUUUAGUGCAGGCUUCCCUUGCUGCAAACACUUUUGCUGUGAAUGGACUAGCAGAAAAUAAAGGUGAAAAAAAGUAUAAAGCAGUGAUAAUGUCGUAACAACAGUGGUGAUAAAUUGUGACAAUAAUGACGAUUAUGACCUUUUACAAUAAGGUGUCUUUUCCCCUAUGUUGAACAAGGGCUGUGUUAGGGUUUUCCAAAAUGGAGAAGUGUCAUUGUGGAUUAGCAUAGUACCUAUUACAGUACCCAUUAUUUUGAGCAUCAUUGAUUUGGAUUUUUAGUGCGUAAUAUUUACAGUGUAACACUGCAAAUAAUGUCUUAGUUUCUGUAAAAAGUUUUAAAAACGUUACUUGUUUAUGCAAGACCCUGUAGGUACAUUCUCAUUGCAGCCUGUUCAUGUGGUGGUUUUUGGGCUGUUUACACUGACCAUGAUCAACUACAAUUUCUCAUUGCAGUCAGUAGCUAAUCUAUUUUUUUUUUUUAAUGUUUUGCACAGCCCUUACUGAAUUGCUUCCUGGAAUUUUAAAUCAGUUGGUAAGAAUAUUUGUUUUUUUAUUUCUUUUUUUCAUCAUGUACAUGUAGUGGUUCAAUUUUAUCCUUGGUUUAAUCUUUAUUUCUCUUUGUGUUAAACACAUUACCAUACAUUUCCAUACCCAAAGCAAAGGGAAAUAAUAUUUAAACAAAGGAUAAAGUUGAACCACAACAUAUAGAUUCUAAAAUUUUUCUGUAAAAGACUACCACCUGUACUGAUUGGUUUUCUGGCUUGUUCCUGCUGAAAAUUUAAAGUAGAAGGGGAAACAAACAAAGUAAAAAGCAGACAAAAACAAUUUGGACAGGUAACAGGUAACCUGUUGCUCAGAUGAAACUAAACUCUGGUUAAGUCUGUCUAUGAAACAGUGCUGAAAUCCUUGUUCUGGGCCCUCACCUUUGUACCAGGAUUUGAGUACUGGCCACGAUUGGCCUGUUAAAAAAGGCUUUGUCGAUUUGCCAAUCAGAUUGAAGGGAAAUUCAAAACCCCCUUCCAGGAAUUCGUUGAGUCUGUUUGGGCACAGAGCAAGGAUCUCAGUGCUGCCUCGCAGACGUUACUAACCGACGUUGAACUACGUCUGUGACGCAGGCUUGUGACAGGAAGAUCAGAGGCAAUAAUAUCAUUAGAAUAACAACUGCAGCCACAGGGGCUUUCUUUCAUCUUCUAAAUUCAAGUCACAGCUUGCUAUAAAUAGACCGGUGAGGCUAAGAGGGCACUAGUGUUUUUCCAGAAGUAACUCGCAAUGCACUGUAUAAAAUUAUAUCUUUUUGUUUCCAAAGGGAGCUGAAGGAUUGUCUGACUUGAGGUCUCUGGCAGAGAGAUUCCCUCCAAGUGAGUUCAAAAAAUAAAAUUAAAUAAAUAAGGGUGCCUGUCUUAAAGCCCAAAGAAACUUUUGAUAAACUGCUAGAUUCUCCUUUCAUUAACCUUUUAUCAAAUGGAGAAUUUGCUAUUUGAUCAGGAGUCGCUUCGGGCCUUAUUCCCCACCGUCUUCAGUUGUUGCUAGCUCUGUAAACUCUAUGUGAAGCCCAGUCUUUUAACCCCUCUGGCCAAAAACCACCUGGGCCCAGUUGCUCAAAAGGCUGGAUAUCGCUAUCUGCCGGAUAAAUCUCUAUCUGCUUGAUGGUGCAAUUGGUUUUUUAAACACUUAUCCACUGAAUAGUGAUUUAUCCGGUGGAUAGCGCUAUCCAGCUUUUGAGCAAAUGGGGCCUGCUGCAGAAGGGUGAUGAACAAGCUGGAGGAGAUGGGUCUAACAUGGGGUGAAGCACAGGUCAAGUGAAAGCUCAGGACAGGGUUGAGUGGCGUCAUUUGAUUUUGGCCUUGUGUCCCAGCCUGGAUAAAGAGGGUGAGUGAGUGAGUGAGUGAGUGAGUGAGUGAGUGGGUGGGUGGGUGGGUGGGUGAGUGAGUGAGUGAGGGAGGGAGGGAGGGAGGGAGCGAGCAUGUUCAUGUAAAUGCCUGUAUUUGUUUACAAUGACCAUUAUUGAUGCAAAGUUGUUGAUCUGUUGUUUGCAGCUGAUCUUGGCAAUGUGCCAACUGGUCCAGCCAGUGAAGAUGUUGAUGAUGAUGAUGUGCCAGGUAGGUGCUACUUGAGGGUGUGGUCAAGAAAAAUGGAAUCUGAACCACGGUAUCUUGGUAACUUUGGGUCCUGUGGCCGUCAGUUUUUAGCCUUUUCACCCUAAAAUACUGGUACCUGCUACAGAGGCCCUGCCAGGGGUGUGGGGGGCGGGAAGGUUGUUGAAGGCACAAAUGUAAUAACUGGUCACAAAUGUAAUAAAGGUCACAAGUGUAAUAACAUUUGGUCACAAUUGUAAUAAACAUCUAAACUAAGCUAAAACAAGUUAAAAUCACAACGAAAUCUAAAAUCCCACAGAGGACAUUCUCUCCUACGCUUUUACACCACACUGUGCUCGAGUAAAAAUUUUUAAAAAUUUAAAAAAUUUCAGAAGAUAUCACAUCAAAUCAAAGGUGAGCUGAAUGGCUAAAAUGUCACAGGAAAUUGUAUAGGUAAACUCUUUCCUCAGGGGAUAUCACGAGUAGGCUGAGUGGGAACCAAGAUUGGGAGACUUUUGUACACUCAUGCCGAACCUAACAAUAUAAAGGAUCCAAAAAAACGUUCUGACAACUCAACAAUGGAAAGGUUAUAGUCAACGGGAAACGAGUAAAGAGAGUUGGUAUAGAAUUGGCCUUGAGGUUCCUUGUGAGUAUCAGGCAAAGGUAAAGAGGAUGAAGGUUAUGUUCUCAGAAUUGACGGGGACACGGAACAAGUUGGCAGAAGUAAGGGGUAUACAGUAAGUGAAGGUAUAAGUCGCGCGGACGAAAAUGACGAGCUACAGAAUGGAGUAGGAUCAGGAUACACAGGGCAAUUCUUAAACAACGAUGUCCUAGAAAUUAUCAUUAAGAUUACCUAAAGUCCUUUCUGUUUAUGAGAACAUCCCUCCGAGAUGUAAAUACCUUCUUCAGAGAAACAGUAGACAAGAUGCCUUGCCCUACGGUAUACAUUCCAGAACUUGCAGAAAAAACAGUCGUCAUAAGCAUAAGGAAACUAGUAAUGCUGAAGGGGAGAUGCAGUAGUGCUGUUGAACGCCUUCGGGCAGUUUUUAAAUCUUCUAAAUGGUAUCAUGCAUGGGUGAGGUUUCUCUAGAAUUUGGAUGGUUUGCAAAAACUGUGUUCUUCUCAGAGAAAAUUCGUGCUUGGUGUAUUAAUUAAUAGGAGUGAUGUUCGGUCCCAUACUUUUUUGUAUGCACAACUACAGUUUCCCUGCCAUGUAUAGCAGGAAAGCAAUUCGAAGUCCUAAUUUGAUAACCAUAAGCCCUUCUUUUUCAAGGUUGUAAGUUAAUCUUCAGAUUUAAUGAAAUUAAACCAUUGUUUUGAAGUUAUAGGCUGUCAUAAGUCCUUAUUUCACUAUAUUGCAACAAUAAAAUUUCCGCCAGGACUGUGUGACGAACAGGUGACACUACAGUCGCAUGUUGAAACUUCUCAAUGCCGUCAUAAACCAAUUAGCAAGUUUACAUGUAAUUCGUAUGAGGGUAACCUAUCGUGCUUAAUCAAUUCUGGUCUCCUUCGCAGCCGUCCGUCUGAUGCCAUCAAGAAGAGCUAUUUGAGGCAUUUUCCGGCCUCUAUCUCGCUUAAAAUUAAAGGUUCCAAACUAUCCGAAACUUUGCAUACCUGUCGAGUAUUUCGCUGGUCGUGCGGUUCCCAAAGCUUAAUAAUAGCUUGCGAAGCUCAGACAAAAGACUUUCACCGUCCACUCAAGUUUUGCCUUUCGCUUUCCCCCUCCCUACUUCUUUUGGUUCUCGUCAACUUCCCGUUCUUUACGUUUCUCUUAGGCCCUUUUGACUGAAUUCCCCUUUUUUUGGAUAUGAUUUAAAAGUCAUCUUUGCCCUGCACAAUUCAGAAUACAAGGUUAUGUUACCUUUAAUUUAUGUCUCUGAGUGAGUUACUCUUUUUUAAAUUGUUAAGUUGGUAAUUAUUACAUUUGUGAUCAAAUGUUAUUACAUUUGUGACCUUUAUUACAUUUGUGACCAAAUGUUAUUACACUUGUGACCUUUAUUACAUUUGUGACCAGUUAUUACAUUUGUGCCUUCAACAAGGUGGUGCUUGGGGUCCCAUGUUGCUCAUCUGAAUUUUAAAAUGUCUUGUGUCAGUGUUUUUAAAUGCUUCAUGUCGCUGUCGGAAAUUGAAUAAAAAUCCUUUGUCUUUGUCAGAAUUUAAGAAAAGGGGAAUAGCGAUGCGUUGUAAAGAAACCAUUACAGUUCUGCAAUUUCUCAGUGAACAUUUCGCGUAUCAAACACCUAUACAUCACCAUUCACAAUUAACACAAUUCAAGGGGGGUCAACUGAAGCUCACUGACACUGACAAGAAACAUUCUCUGAACCAAUAAAUUAGCCAACCCACCAUUCUUUUUCACUUAUUCUCGGCUUUGCCAUCAUUGUCGCAAUUUGGCUGAGGGAAGUUGUCUCUUGACGCAAUUUCAUUGUACACUCUGUCGCUACUUCUUGGGUCAUGUUGCUUGUCGCAUUUAACCUGGAAGGGGCCUUGAUACACAGGCUAUCAGUUUUGAUCUAAAAAAAGUGAGAGCUAUAGUUUUGUCUGAAAAAAGAGAGAAAGCUGGGCUCUGCGAGACUCUUCUAUUUUUCCAUCAUUGGACAUGUACAAGCACCUCUAGGUCUAAUAUUAAACUUAUUUGCCUUUUUUCUUAUGUUUCACAGAAUUAGUUGAGAACUUUGAUGAACCCUCAAAAGCAGAAGGAGUGUAAACAGACAGUGGAUAAGGCAUUAAGAUAGGCUACCAAACCUGCUAUGCCAAAGCUAAAUGCAACUUUGAACAAGCUUUGUAAUCAUUUUCAUUGUAAAUGACUAUUAGUAGCAGGACAAUUUUGUAAGUGUUCUGCACAAUCUUAGUUGACCAGCUGUUUUUUGGGGUUCUCAGUAAACAAAAGGGAAACUACUUUUUGAUUGAGUGCUUAUUUUUGUCAUGUGUUGUCCUCCUGUCAUGCUCUCACCGUUUCUUAUACAUACAAUGUGCACCAGAGCUCUUCUUUAUGAUUAUGACCAAUGCACAGGCUUUUUUUUAGAUAAAAAGAGAGUUUCUCGAGUACAGGGAGGGAAGAGAAUAUAAGCUGGAUAAAAUUCAUUGUUGUACACCACAGUCAAAUCUGUGAUGCAAAACUUUUUUUUUUCGCAAACAUUAACCAGUACAGUAUAGUCUUCUUGGCUGUAAAUCUGACCUGUCCAGUUAUUUUUUUCGUCUUCUGCCUCUACUAAACAUGGUUCUUACAAAUUAUCCUGCAAAGGUCUUGAAUUUAAGCAGCCAUCUUGAAAUGCCCUUAAUGGUCGUUGGGGUCCGUAAAAAAUACUUGAUUUCUUUCAAAGUAGAUCUUGAAACAUCCUUGAAAUUUAUAACUUUGCAUGUUAACUUACAUGUAAUAUUAUAAAUAAAAAUAAUUAUUUUCUCCUGACCAAAAUGCAUGGAACAAAAUACCUUGAGGUCAGGCAUAAAGACAAUUAAUGUAAUGAAGAGGAACGCAUGUUGAAAAACUCUCACUCUCUCAUUUCAUACUUGAAAACCAACUCACACAUGAAAUCAAUAGUAAUGAUAUGUAUAAUUUAAUUCAGUCAUUAAAUUUUAACAAGGGUAGUGGCCUUGAUGGAAUACAUGUAUCAUGCAAGCUCUUGAAAGAAGCUGCACCAGUUAUCACACCUUUAUUAACAUUUAUCAUUAAUUUGUCUAUCAGGAGCUGUAUAUUUCCUGAAGACUCGAAAAUUGUGAAAGUAACUCCACUGUUUAAGGAAGGCUCUAAGCUGGAUCCUAAGAAUAGGCCUAUCUGUUCUGCUGAUUGUUAAUAAAAUAAUUGAGAAG